CUUUGCCGGAGAAUGACGGCAUGGCUUCACUGCGCCAGAAGCUGCAAGACAUUAAGCUGCUUGCCAUUUCGACGGAAGAGAAGGCCAAGAGAAUGCAUGAUGAAGAACACCUGCCAGAUCUCGGAUGCAUGCAUUACAAGCGCAAUGUGAAAGUGCAAUGUUUCGACUGCCAGUGCUGGUUCUCAUGCCGGCAUUGCCACGAUCAAUCCCACAAUCUCCCAUUUCCCCACAGUCUGAAUCGAAAGAAGACGCAGAAUAUGCUCUGCAUGCUAUGUCAGACACCUCAGCCAGCCGGGGAGACAUGUAUAAACUGUCGCGAGUAUGCUGCAUGGUACUAUUGCUCGAAAUGCAAGCUAUGGGAUAACGAUACCAAUAAACGCAUAUAUCACUGCGAUGACUGUGGCAUAUGCCGGGUCGGCGAAGGUUUAGGAAAGGACUUUGUGCAUUGCAAGCGCUGCAAUGUGUGCAUAUCCAUCUCUACAUCGGCCGCACAUCCCUGUAUUGAAAAGGCAACGGAAGGCAACUGUCCCUUAUGUCUGAACGUGCUGUUCGAGUCGAGAACAUCGGUAGUCAGCUUGCCAUGUGGUCAUUACAUGCACGGUACCUGCUAUCAAGACCUCAUGGCUGUUACCUACAAGUGUCCCGUGUGCAGCAAAAGCGCUGUUAACAUGGAAUUGCAGUGGCGCAAGCUGGAUGACGAGAUUGCUGCGCAACCAAUGCCAGAAGACGAUGAAGAACUGG